GUGUGGUCUUUUGUAUUCAUGCAUCACAUGACUGAGUGACCACAUUUCACAUUUGCUUGACUGAACAGUUUUUGUCAAUAUUUUGUUGAUCCCAGAACACAUAUCGACUCGGAUCCCAUAUAAAUGUGGAAAGGGCUAUCAAUGUUUCGCAUCACAACGCUGAAUAUGUCGAAAUACAGGAAAGAUUCAAACGAAAAUAAGGAAAAAUGCAUUGUCCAGGGAGGAAUUUAAUUUGUUCGAAACUAAACUUAGAGCACCAUGCCAGAACCAAGAUGUCUGCGCCCAGCGUUGCUAGCGUGAAAGAAUUGAUAGCUCAAAAAGAUGCGUUAGAAGCAGAAUUGAAGGAACUUAUGGAUGUUCUGGAGUCACAAGGCGGAGUAGGAAUGGAUGGUCCAAUAUUAGAUGAAGAACAGUAUCCAAGAUCUGAUAUAGAUGUAUACACAGUACGUCAUGCAAGGCACAGGAUAGCUUGUCUCCAGAAUGACCACAAGGCCAAGAUGAAGGAAAUAGAAGAAAAUCUCUAUCAACUCCAUGAGGAGGCAAGGAAACAGAAAGAGCAGGCAAUGGAGGUAGACAGUUCUGCCCAAGAAACAAAAGUGGAUACUGCGAUAGAUGAGAAACCUUUUGCCAAAAUCGACCGCGUGGACUCUGGCUCUCCAGCCUCUCAGGCAGGUCUUACAUUAGGAGAUGAGAUUAUCGAGUUUGGAUCGGUCAAUGUCAAAAAUUUCACAACACUUCAGAAUAUUGCUACAGUUGUACAACACAGUCAAGGGAGUCCUUUACAUGUCACUGUAUUAAGGCAGGGGGAGAGGACACACUUGUCUCUGACACCACAGACGUGGAGUGGGAAAGGACUGCUGGGGUGUAACAUUGUACCACUGAAGAGGUGACAGAGAAGCUAGGAAAAAAUCAAUUUCAUAUAAGAAGAAAAACUAUAUUGAAGCAGUGCAAGUCUUACUGAUUGACA